AUGUCGGAUUUACGGAUCCUUUACGUUGCCCUUCUCGCCAGCACCCGAGAGGCAAUGGACGACAUCCUAGAGAUGGGGAAGGAGAUAGAAGCCGGGCCCACGCAACGCAGGCAGUUCUAUGUCGAGUACGAGCGAAGGCUUAGGAUGGCGCUGUCGUUGUUGCCCAAAGUCGAGAACCCAGAUGCUUCCCUCCAGCAGCUGGAAGAGGAAAUCCAGCAGCCAAGCGACGAGUCUGCGCUGCCGCAGGACAUUAUGCUCACCACGCGGCGAGUGCUGCGGGUGAUCAAGGCUCGCUAUGAGGCAUUCCUGCAGGAUAGCCUGCUCUCUGAUGACGCCUUCCCGCUGAUUGCUGAGUUGAUUAAGGGGCUGGAUGAUCGUGCCGGUGGUGCCGGUGAUGAUGAUGAUGAUAAUGAUGGUGAGCAGGCGGUGAAAGGCGAGGAAGGAGAUUGUAAAGUGAAAGCGGAGAAUGGUGAGGAGCAGUAG